UAAUCCAUAUACACAUAUACACAACAUAUUAUACACUAGAGAUAAAACUGCGCAAAGUUUAUGUUUAUACAUGUAUGCAAGUUGUUCUGGUGGUAGUCCUAACAAAAAGAGUUGAGAAAAAAGAUCAAUUAAAUGUCGAUAAUACAUCGCUAAAUUAUGGACGAAGAAGCUUUGGAUCAGACGAAAUUGAGGCCGACUCUUGAGACCUACAAAAAGCUGUCGACCGACGUCUCUAACCACGAUACGAUAUUGAAGGACAAGACAGUGUUAUCCUACGUGGCUGUCGUUUUGGAAUAUCCUGACACAGAAAUCGUGAACCUGGCACUAGAUAUUCUUGAAACUUUUGUCAAAAAUGUUGAAAAUUACUCUCACAUAACUUCGACUUUUGGUGUUAGAGAGGCUCUUGAUGCAGUGAUUAACAAAUAUACUUACAAUGAUCCAAAACUGGCCAAGCGUGCUCAACAAAUCAAAGAUGACAUUGAGCGCAUGAAACCACCUAUUUAUAAUUUACGCAGCCGUUGCAGGAGGGUCAUUGAGCCAAAAAAACUGAAAACUCAUGUCAUUACUCUGCAUGUUCAGGGCUUAUUGCCUGAAACAAGAACAGAAUUAGAAUAUACCCUAAUUAGGAUUGAAGGAUUGAUUUCUCUUGUUGUUGAUGUGGAGCAUCAACGUGUUACUAUGAGAACAUUAGCAAAUGUCACAGCCAAACAAAUUGCAGAAGCUAUAAGUGAUAAUAAUCCUAAUAUGGAGGCAAGAUUAGUUACAAGAAAUAAAUAUAAUCAAGAAUUUUUAGUACAAUUAGUUAAUGAUGAUAUUGAAGACUAUGAGUUACCAGAGUACUUGCCAGAGGAUGAAGAAGAUGAAGAGGAGGAAAAAAAUGGUGUACUAUCUUUAUUCACAGGCUUAAGGCAAAGUGCAUCGUCACUUUAUAAAUCAACGACGGAAUUUCUGCAUAAUUCAUUUUAUUGGUGAAAUUUUAUAGUCUUUGUAGAAACUCUAUUUGUCCCAAGAGCUUUUUGAGUAGACAAUUCAAAUUGCGCAUUGACCCAAGAACAUGAACACUCUAGAAGUUUUUUUAAUUUCUAAAAAAAGAUAACAGUAAGAUGCUUUAACUGUUUUGUCUUUUAUUAGAAAAACUGAAUCUCUAUUUUCGAAACAGCCUUACUAUCAUGGUCAGUUUCAUGUUUUUCUUGUUUUUUAAAUACUUGUUUUUGAUACCCAUUAGAACAUUGUUCAAUCCCACUAUCAUUUAAUAUUAAGCAUUUUUACCUUAAUUAUAAGAAUUAAGCAUUAAUUUGUACUUUUUAUUCACGUUGGCGUUUAAAUGUUGUGAGUAAAUAAGAAAAACCAUUUGCGCUAAAAUUCUGUCUGAACAUUAAAUAUUUCAGAUUUAUCAAAAGUUAUUGCAUUGACUUCUAUGGAAGUUAACAGAGUUUUUAAAAAGAUAAAUACUACGAGACGUUUUCUGAUGUCUCUUAACUAUUCAAAUUCUAUGUAUGUAUAUAUAUAUAUAUAUAUAUAUAUAUAUGUUUUGAAAAAAGGUGUUGAAAAAAUGAUUUCUCAAUCUUAUUUAAAUCGAUCUAUAAGAAACGUACCUAUGUCACCUAAAUGCGAUGGGCUUAAGCAUUUUGUUAUAACUCAUCAAUCACGAGGCUGUGCGAAUGAAUGUUUUAUAUACACGUUAUUAUUUACAUUUCCUCAGAUGAAAUGUGAACAUUUAUUUAGAACUGUUGGAAAAGAAAUACAAAUAAGUAAAGUAUUGUUUAUCGAGCGCAGCAUUGGCAACGUUCGAAAAGAAAAAUUGCAAUAACAUGUGUAUUAACAACGGCUGCUUGUCUUUUUGUCUCUGGCACAAUACGUUAUACGCCCAUUGAAUGAAUCAAUCGAGUUGUAAAAUAUAAAAAAAAGAAAUCAAUAAUUUUUUCUGCCUAUAUAUGUAAUAAACUAUAAGAAGCAGUUUAUGUUUGAUUACAUUUUAAUGCUGUCUAAUAAACAUAUAAAAAUUCUAAUUUAUAUUAAAUAUGG